GCUUCAGCCACAUCCCCACUUCUCUUCGCCACAGUACCGCUCGUGUCCCACUCUUAUAGUGCAACAACUCGAGCAUCUAGUCAGCGCGCUUUGUAAAGGUCUACCAUCCUCUCAUAGAGGGUACUCGCGGUAGAGGACGAUUCACCUUCAGCUGCGGCUUCUUGACGCGAACACUUUUCCAUACCCCCCCGAGUCCUUGAAUCCAUUGUCCACGAUGGACCCACAGAAGCCGGCUGCGAAAAAACGCAAGCUCACAGACAAGAACCUCCCAAACGCGCUCCUCCAGUCACCCGAGUUCUCAGAAGACUCGCAAAUGUACCGCGACCUCCUCGACAUGGAGCGGCGCCUUGACUGGACGGUCACCCGAAAACGGGUAGAGGUGCAAGAUGCGCUCAACCGCACCGUUCCUACUUCUCGAACAUUACGAAUUUUCCUGAGCCAUACGGUGUCUGGACAGACGUGGCAGCAGGGCGCGGAUGGUCUGGGUGCUGUGGGUGCCACGGAAGGCGAGGCGGGCAAGGUGAACCCUGAGACGGGCGAGGGCAUCCCCGCGUUCUCGUUCAGAAUUGAGGGCAGGCUGCUUGAAUUGCCAAAUCAGCGAGCAAAAGACCGGCCACCGCCACGAAAGUUCUCGACGCUCAUAAAGCAGAUGGUGGUAGAGCUUGAACGAGACCCGGCGUUGUACCCUGAGGGAAACAUUGUUGAGUGGUUACGUGGGCCGUCACAACCCCAGCUGGAUGGGUUCACAGUACGGCGGAAAGGGGACACCCCAGUCAAAAUACGGGUCAUCAUCCACCUUGAACAACAACCAGAGCAAUUCAAGGUCCACCCGGAGCUUGGAAGCUUCUUGGGGCUUAGGGAGGAAAGCCGAGUGGGCGUCGUUCAGGCUUUGUGGAAUUAUGUCAAGAUGCAGGGGCUACAGGACAAAGUGGAUCGACGUCUGAUCCGUGCAGAUGCCCGUCUUCGUCCGAUAUUCGGUGGCGAUGCCGCGUAUUUCCAUCAGCUUCCGGAGAUGAUCAAUCGCUUUCUGCUUGCACCAGAUCCCAUCGUUCUCCAUUACACCAUUAACCCAGCCUCACCCGCGCCCGAGAAGCCGAGCGCGUGGGACGUUGAGCUGAAGCUGGACGACUCGGCGCUGAAGACUCGCAUGGCCUAUGUUGUGCAGAUGGCGACCGAAUCCAUGCGGGACCUCGCAAAGCUCGAUGAUGAGAUCGCGCUGCAUGUGCAAUCGCUGAAUAACUCGCAUCUCAAGCGGACGUUCCUCCGUGCGUUCGCGGACGACCCACAGCAAUUCAUCCAGACGUGGCUCGCAUCGCAGUCGCGCGAUCUGGAAAGCGUGCUGGGUAGCGGACCAAGCGAGGGCGCGACGGUGCGGCAGGAGGACCUCCGACGGAGCGAGUUCUUCAGGCUACCAUGGGUGGAGGAAGCUGUUGCGGUCCAGGAGGGCCUGCGCCUCGCGGCAAAGGCGAACAUGUGAGGGCUCUUGUGACUACGACAGUCGUUGUAACUCUAGACUUCUGCGUCUUUCUGCCUUUAAGGUUAAUACUCAUAAUCGGCACUCUUAAGUGCUCUAUAGAGUGUUUCGGCUGGCGGUCUGUUGCAAGCUAUGAGAACCAAUCGAGUGACUGUUUUCGCAUUUGGAGGUCAAUUUAUC